CUAUAUGUAUGUUUUUCCAACAAGGGUGCCACCAGUCGGUUAUUCACGAGCGGGAAGUUUCUUCACCUGUACGUACGUAUUGCAUGCUGCCUAGUUAACGAAGUGAGCGGUGGGGCAUUGCUUUUCCUUCCCUUAGGCCGCUUCUCCACCCCACUGACUUUUCCUCCGCGUCAACUAUACUUCUCCAAUCCGCAGAAAACUGUGCCUCCCCCCUUCACGAGCGAACUGACUGGCCGUCCCCGCCCGUCCCCCGCGUGCUUUUUUCCCCAUAUGUUAUAGUGGAGAAAAAAAAAAAAAAAAACACGUACAUGAGUACAUACGAACGUACGCAUACAUAAUCGCGCAAACAUAUUUGAAGCAUCUGAGUGACAAAAUUAUGUGAACAAAAUAGGUGAAGCCUAAAUUGCAAAUUCAUAGCGAUACUUCCGAGCCUCUCUCGUGUGGCAUAAAAAUCGUCACAGCAGCAGUACUUCCAUAUUAUGUACUGUUUAUCGAGUUACGCUCUGAGUGUUACGCUUCGCGUUCGCGUGUGGUGAAUUUGUAUUCCCCUCCGUUUGUGUUUUUCCCCUGACCUGUGCGCAGAGAAAGGAAAAACAGCGCGGGAUAAAAGGAAAAAAAAAGGAGACUCUACCGUUUGCCCAGAAUGCUGCAAAUGCGUACGCCCCACGCAUGAGCAGCCUCGAACAUACACAGGGAGCAACCCGGCGCGCGAACGAAGGAUAGCAGCCACAUUGACAGAAGGGUGUUCGCCGGUGGGGCUACACAACGUGACAGAGCGGCAGGGCAACAGGGCGACAGAGCAACAGGGCAACAAAGCGACAGCGUGACGACAUCCCCCCUCGCCUGCAGUACUGCUCCCCAAACCACCCCUUCCUGCGUUAAAGCCGCCUAACCUUCCUAUAUGUGUUUGAAAAGAAGCCUGCAUAACAGUUUUUUUUUUUUUUUUUAAUUUCGCCCAUUUCGGAAGAAUGAACUGGAAAAAGGCUUUAAGUUUGGCAGGAGGGGCGGCAGCCGUGGUUGCCUUGACGUACAUGCUGAUGAAGGACGAUGAUAGCCACGAUGACAAAGACGACGAAAAUGAAGAAAAGAAAAAAAAAGAAGGAAAAACGAAUAAGGACACAAACAAAAUUAUAAAGGGAGAAUCGAUGACCCGAGAGGAUCUCCUGCAACUCUUGAAUGAAAUGCUCAAGUUGCAGACGGACAUGAAAAAUAUUGUGAAAGAUUUAAUCGUCGUUGCAAAGAAAAACAGCUACGACUUCAUGUCCGUCUAUAACGUGGCGAAGACGUAUAACACUGUGGACCCCCUGGGCAAAUAUCAAAUCGAGAUGCCCGAGUUUGACAAGGUGGUGGAGAACUACCACUUCGACCCGGAGGUGAAAGAGACCGUCUCGAAGCUCAUGUCGUCCCAAGAAAACUACUACGCCAACAUGAGCGAAACGGCCACACUGAACGUCGAUAAAAUCAUCGAAAUUCACCACUUCAUGUUAAAUGAACUGUACAAGAUCGACCCAGAGUUUAAGAAGAUCCCCAACAAGCACGAGCUGGACCCCAAGCUGAUAGCUCUAGUUAUACAAUCCAUAGUCAGCGCAAAAGUGGAGGAAGAAUUCAACUUAACUUCGGAAGACGUGGAGGCCUCCAUUGCCAACCAGCAAUACGCCCUGACUUCGAACAUGGAAUUCGCCAGAGUGAACAUCCAAAUGCAGACAAUUAUGAACAAAUUCAUGGGGUAAGGACGACCCCCAAGUUUUGCUAAAACGAAUUAACGCA